AUGCAAUGUGCUCCAGCUGCCGAGAAGGGAGCCAGCCGUCCGGAAGCUUCAAAGGAACCCUCUGGCUCACCUUCAAGAGGUGAGGGGCCAGAAACGGCAAAGCCGAAGGAAAAGACGCAAGCAACAGCCAAGGCUAAGGCCAAGGCCAAGACCAGAGCCAAGGCAAAACCACAAAGCAAGUCUCAGCAGGGCUCAGGCCCGGGCCCGCCGGGCUCGCCGGGCCGUCUUGAGCGUGCUCAAGUGCACAUCAAGAUGGAUGCGAGCGCCGCAAGGGAGCAGGGUUCGAGGCAGAUGCUCGAGGCCACGAAGGCGAACAAGGAGCCCCUGGACUGGGUAAGGAGCCGCGAGGCCAUGGUGCCCGACACCAUCUUUGUGAAUUUGAGGCCA